AUGAGUCUUCAAUUUAUGUCUUCUAACAAUUUAACAAAGGAUUUUUAUAUUGAUAAUGAUGAAGAAUGUCCAAUAUGUAGGAAUAAUCGAUAUCUUACACCAAACAUGAAGUUACUUGUCAGUGAAUGUUAUCAUAAAAUGUGUGAAUCAUGCAUUGACAGAUUAUUUGCCAAUGGUGCAGGACCUUGCCCAAUUUGCAAACAAACUUUAAGAAAAAUUAAUUUUGUUGUUCCAACCUUUGAAGAUUUAAGAGUCGAAAAAGAAAUUAAAAUUAGAAAAAAACUUGCACAUCAAUUUAAUAAGAGACAAGAAGAUUUUGAUAGUUUAAAAGGAUACAAUGAUUAUUUGGAAAUGGUUGAAGAUAUAGAUUAUAAAAAAGAAUUAGAUGAAGAGCGAAGGGCAAAAGAGGCUCAUGAGGCAGAAAUAAUAAGAGAAUUGGCAAAUUCUACAGCCCCAGCAUCUGAAACAAUAAAAACAUUGGCAUACAAAAAAUCUAUUGCUGUUUCUUCUUCAACAAGUAGUACUGGCAAAGAUUUCAUAUCAGGGUUGUCGCAAACUUCUUUAGAAGAGUAUGAUAGUGGAAUUGCUAUUAAUGAGUUGAUUGGAUUUAAAAAUAGAAAAAUGCCAAAAGAAGACACUUUACAAUUUGUUCCUCUUAUUGAUGAAUAUAUGGAUGUUGAUCAUUAUACAUUAAAAGAUCGUUAUUAUGAUCCUUAUAUUGAAACAACAACACGUUUACGUAGUGGUGGAUUUUCACAAAAAUACAUAUAUAAACGAUCUUUAGAAGCUGCUUUCUCUGGAUUAUUUUCAUCAAUAAAAUCUGAUGAUGAUUAUAAUAUGAUAAUUGAUCAAUAA